CUCGCGCUUCCCCGGCUCCCUCUGCCGCCCCGGCCCCCGAAGGGUCACGCGACCACUAUGCCGCAGGGCCCCGGCUCGCUGCUGCUGCUUGUGCUCGCCUCGCACUGCUGCCUGGGCUCGGCGCGCGGGCUCUUUCUCUUCGGCCAGCCCGACUUCUCCUACAAGCGCAGCAACUGUAAGCCCAUCCCGGCCAACCUGCAGCUGUGCCAUGGCAUCGAGUAUCAGAACAUGCGACUGCCCAACCUGCUGGGCCACGAGACCAUGAAGGAGGUGCUGGAGCAGGCGGGCGCCUGGAUCCCACUGGUCAUGAAGCAGUGUCACCCGGACACCAAAAAGUUCCUGUGCUCUCUCUUCGCCCCCGUCUGCCUCGACGACCUGGACGAGACCAUCCAGCCGUGCCACUCGCUCUGCGUGCAGGUGAAGGACCGCUGCGCGCCGGUCAUGUCAGCCUUCGGUUUUCCCUGGCCGGACAUGCUUGAGUGCGACCGCUUCCCCCAAGACAACGACCUCUGUAUCCCUCUGGCCAGUAGCGAUCACCUCCUGCCAGCCACCGAGGAAGCUCCAAAGGUAUGUGAAGCCUGCAAGAACAAAAAUGAAGAUGACAACGAUAUAAUGGAAACUCUUUGUAAAAAUGACUUCGCGCUGAAAAUAAAAGUGAAGGAGAUCACCUACAUCAACAGAGACACCAAAAUCAUCCUGGAGACCAAGAGCAAGACCAUUUACAAGCUGAACGGCGUGUCCGAAAGGGACCUCAAGAAAUCGGUGCUGUGGCUCAAAGACAGCCUGCAGUGCACCUGCGAGGAGAUGAACGACAUCAACGCCCCCUAUCUGGUCAUGGGACAGAAACAGGGCGGGGAGCUCGUGAUCACCUCGGUGAAACGGUGGCAGAAGGGGCAGAGAGAGUUCAAGCGUAUCUCCCGCAGCAUCCGCAAGCUGCAGUGCUAG